AAGAUGCGUCUUUCUGUUCUCCAGCUGGGAGUCGGGUGUCGCCUGAGCACUCUUGGCGUGGAGGACAGAGGUCUAAGGCCCCAUUACCUUAGCUCCAGAAGGUCCCUCCCUGUCUAUGGGAAGUUUUUCUUUCUAAUUCCUCACAAGUGGCUCGUAGCAGCAGGCAGAGGCUCCUUGCCCGGACCCAGUCCGCAGCCCAGCCAUGUCUAAAAAAGGAAAAAAGCCCAAGUUGCCCAAGGCACCCCUGUCCGAGGAAGAUCAGCUGCUUAUAUUUCAGCAAAAGAUGCUGGCUGACGAAGAGGCAGCCAAGAAGAAAGAGAGACUCCUCACCCAGUUCUUGAAGGACAAGUUGGCCAAAGAAGAACACAACAGCGCUCUAAACCUUAAUAAGAUUAACACGCAGUGGAGAACCAUCCUCAGGGAGGUGAAGACCAGAGAGCUUCACCAAGACAUCGAGAUCCUCAGCCAGACCUUUGAACGCGUGGUGGACUGUAAGGACAGCGUCAUCAAGUCUCUGGCUAAGGACUUGACUGAAGCUGAGGAGCAGUAUGCCCACGCUCUGCGUAGUCACUUGCACAACAUUGACCAGCUCUUGACCCUGCAACGACGCCGGCUCGGCCUCCUGGAGGAAAAUUACAACAUGGAGCUCGAGGUCCUGACCAAAGAGUUUGAGACGGAAAGGAAAUUGAUCAUUGACCAUCAUGAGAAGGAGAUGCACUACCUACAGGACGUCUUCAUGGCCAUGGAGCAGAACUACAUAGAUUCCGAGUAUGAGAGCAAGCUGGAGUUCCAGAGCAUGUGGGAUGACCUUAAAAACAAGAAUUUAGAAGAGAAGCACUUUCUUCGCCUACAACUGGAGAACAUAGUGGAAGAUCUGUGGCGGAGGUUCCAGGAUGCACUCAAGAAUUACACCGACGCCACGGAGGACCGGAAGAUCGCCUUUGAGUACCUGAAGGUGAAGGAUGAGAAAAGCUCCAAAGAGAUUGAGACGCAGAUGAAAAAGAUCCAGAAGCUGCAGGAGACCAUAGGUAUCCUGAAAGGGAAGAUCGUAGCCCACAGCCGCGAAGGGGAAUGGCAGAAUCAGUGCAUCCGGAAUAACAAGGAGCUGGUCCACGUGCAGCUUCGAAAACUUAAGGUCCAGAGGACCCAGGCUCGGACCCUAUCUCAGGAGAACUUAGUCAAACUCACCCUGGAAAGUAAUGCCACCCUCAAGGCCCUGAAGAAGGUCGUGGAAAAGGGUGAAAAGAUCCUUAAGCUUGCUGAAAUAUGUAGGAAAUUCGAAACCGAGGAAGAAAAGGUGCUGCCUUUCUACUCUUCAGUGCUGACUCCCGAGGAGCAGGAAGAGGCCAAGCUCCAGAACCCGGAGGAUAUCACAGAGGACCUUGCCAAGAUUAUGAUGGACUACGCGGGGAUGGAGAACUUCUGGAAGAGAUACAACAAGGUGAAACUGGAGGUCCUGAGUCUCCAGCACAGGCGGCUGCAGCUGCUGGAUAUCAGUAGCAAGCUGCGGGAGAUGCUCAAACAGUACUUGGAUGGCAUCUCCGUGAGCGACGAAGUGCUGAGCCACCUCAACCCGCUCUUCGUAGUAAACCACAGAAGCAACCUACCCCAGCUGCCCCCACCCUCGGCCCAGCCUGUCUACAACGUCAUCGAAGCCGCCCACAUUGCCUCCCAUAUCCUGUGACCGGAGAAGGAGACUUCUUUCCUGACCCCUGAAAGGAGGCUUUCUCCUUUUUCCUUUUCUUUUGUGAAACCAGCGUGCUUUGCUCUCAUGCUCAGAUGGACAGGCACACUCAGACAGACAGACAGACAGACGCUCCAGCUGCUUACUACUUACCACCACUACCCUUACAGUGUAAACGAUGACUUCUUUUUUUUUUUAAAGAGAUAAAUAAAUAAAAGUAAAAGAAAAACUUC